AGUGCUCCGGAGGCGGGGCUACGGCAGCCGGAAAGGGCCUUGCUGUCACCUUGGCCAUGGCGGCCGGGCCGCCCCCGCCGCUGGAGCCCAGCCCGUUUCCCACGUUCCCUGAGGAGGGAUUCGCGGACAAGUUCCUGCGCAAGACCCGCGAGAACCCCCUGGUGCCCCUCGGCUGCCUGUGCACCGUCAGUGUCCUGGUCUACGGAAUCAUCUGCUUCAAGAAAGGCAACACUCGGCGCUCCCAGCUGAUGAUGCGGGCGCGUGUCAUAGCCCAGGGCUGCACCUUCGCUGCCCUGCUUGGGGGCAUGGCGGCCACGGCUUUCAAAUCCCGACAGUGACAUCGGACAAGAGCGAAGCUGCGGCCACGGGCAAGUGUCUACCAACAGCCCUGGCUAGCAGGGUGGAUCCUGGCUGGGGACGGAGUUUUCUGAGAGACUAUUGUGAUGUCUCGGUACAGCAAGUUCUGGAGCACUGGAAAUGGGGUGAAUACACUUUGUGAUUAACAUGUAAUUCGGGCUAUGGCUUUUUUGUUUUGUUUUGUUUCCCCAAGAGCUCUCCUGCAGCACUGAAGCUGCAUGUCACAGGCUGAUAAAAUUGUGUCUUCUUGGUCGUGGUCUGAGGUGUGGUUGUAGUCAGGCAGUGACCAGCAUUUGAGAAAUGAGCUGCCCAUGAGGAGGGAGCCACUGCUUACGGCUUGGUCCUGGCAGGACAGACCUAGGCAGUGGGGGAGGCAGUCUGGGAGGUUGUGUGAGCUGUGCAAUUGAAACUGGUGAGUAAUAAAGUGAAUUGCAGCAAGA